AUGGAUCCUGCAUAUUUGAAGCCGGAUGUUCCAGACUCACUUCGCAUCAAGCGUAAGCCGGUGUCAAAUCCGAACUUACGAGCUACGGCGCGUGCCGAUCAGCGGGAAGCCACGGCUACUGCCAAUACUACAAGUUUGAUGCCACCUUCAUUAUCACGACCGCCUUCUUAUACAGAUCUUUAUGGACCACCGCCAAAAACUCCAAGGUCCGCCUCUUUACCUAGACCUCGGACAGCAGGGCCGAGUGCAUCGCCAGCUCCUCCACCACCAACAUCUGCCCAAAAGGCAUACAGCGAAGCUCGGCAUUUUCUUGGGGGUUUAAUUACUCAUCCCACAGAAUCAAACAAACAUGUCACUAUCUUGCGACAUUCCCAUGGUCUGGUGUUUUAUCGUGGAAAUACAACAUCUGUGACAAUAUCCAUUUUCUCCGAUGCCCCUCUACCACCUGAUCGUACGUUGUGGUUACAAAGCAAAGGUUGGUCAGGUAAAACUGGCAUGCAGAUCAAAUCCUUACUUCGACUCCGAGAUAGCUGGUUGGAUGUGACCCCAGAGAUGCCGUUGAGAGCCGACCAGGUGCCUCCAAAUGAUGAGCGAGCUUGGCAACGCGACAUCAAGAAAUUUCGAAAGAAGGCGCCUGCCCGCCCGCGAAAUCCACAUCAAUUACGGGAGACAUCGACAGUUCGGAUUCCUGCUGAGGCAGGCGACGGUUAUUUCCAACUGGUGCUCUGCCAAGGGAUCAAGAAAAAGGUCCUAGGCAACAGCCCAGUGUUCCGUGUGAUCUCUACAUCCACUGCCCCCAGUUCAAUCCGUGGUGCGAGCUUAAGUACUCUGCCUCUGGAGGUUGGGGCCAUGAUCGUGAGCGUUUAUGCUCACACUGCAGCGCGAACUGCAGCAGGUCCUGCCGCUGUGGCUAUUCAAGCUAGAGUCGAUCGAAUGGCCCCAUCCUGGGUGACUAAAACCGCGGCCCAGACAGUCUACACCAAAAGUGGAAUUCAGAAUCGAGUCGGCGGUAUCAUAAAUGGGCCCCGUGGUCCCGUUGGACAAUUCCAGCCAACCACGGCAAGCCCGGAAAUCAUUGGAAAUACCGCGGCCUCUAUUGAUGUCGGUCCCCAACUACCUUUUCCUAUGUCAUUUAAAGCUCGCUGUCAGUUUGGUCAAGUACAGUCACCCAACCAGGAUGAAGACCCCCUAAGAAUGAAUUUGAUCAAAAUACCCGCCUGGGUGACUGAUCAGUUGAGAGGUUACUUUUUUGGCUGGGCUCGAUUCGAAGAACUGUCCAACAAGGGAUCCUCGACUGGCAUGUGGUGUCCGGCGAUUCUGUCCGUAAGGGCUUUGGAUCCCCUGCAGACCGCGAGAGUAAACCUAGCGCAGAUUGCGAAACGCACGGUCGCACUUCGUCUUCUCGACGAAGUUCCCUACCAAACUACUAGCGUUGAGGUCCGUGUUAUGGGAUACCUUCGCGCCGAGAUCCCUCCACCUACCGGAUGCACGACUCAACAGCUUGCCGAAGCGCAAGCGACAUCCACAGAAGCAGCGAUGCUAGCUGAUGUAUACGAUGCAGCCAUUGUGCAGGAGACUCUGGUUCAUCCAGCAUGGGCUGCAGAACAUCCGACCUUGGAACUUGAGCAGAAUUUGAGUUGGAUGGACCGGACUCAAGAGGGAUUUACUAAUAUCAUUAUGCGUGGACAAAAGUUCGUGGAGCAGGUUCCAUUGCAUAAGAUUGGAGUUCGUUCCGUUACCGAUGAGAUCAGAGAAAGCCAGGUGGCCGUGAAUGGCUUUUUUAUUGUUCGGUGA